AUGAGAAUAGGCGCGGAAGCGGCCUCGUCGACUGGUAAAGGCGACACCAACCUCUACUACCUCCACCAAUCCAUCCCCCACCUCCACGACAUCCGCCUCACCGGCCCCUACUUCACCCCCCUCGAGCUGGCAAACGACAUGUACCAUUUCUUCGGCCCCUCCUGCUUCCGCGCCCGCGACAAACUCACGGAAGCCGUCCAAGCCGGCACGCUAAUCGACAUCGAAUCCAUCACCACCCCGGUCCACAACGACCAGAACCGCGUGCGCACCUGCCAUAUCCUCCGCGAAGCGAACCCGACCGUUCGCGCUCGCAUGCCGGGGCCGAUGUACUACGUCGCCUCCUCCGCCAUCCUCACGGAACUAGCCGAGCUCAUCCCACACGCACCCGACGAUCCGUCCGUGAUCCUGCCGAUGAAGGAUAAGCAGGUCCACGGGUCUUUUCUGGACAAAGACGAGGCUUUCGCUAAAGCGAGGGAGGUGGCGAGGGAGGUUGCGGCGGGGAUGGAGGGGAGUGGGAUGAUUGAUAUUCCGCAGCAUAUGGCGAUUAGUCCGGCGGAGAUGAUGCUGGUUACGGUGGCGCAGGUGCCGAUUGGGAGUGGGGGGAUGGUGAAUGUAGGGGUUUAUUUCUCGGACCGGAGGGAAGGUCAGGGGGAGUGA